CUCUCAUUCUCUCUCUCUCUCUCUCUCCCUCCCUCCCUCCCUCACACAGAGAGAGACUAGUCUCUCUCAGUCUCUCCAACAAUGGAGCCGUGGCUCGAUGACUUAGCCGACGAUCUCCAGAGCAUCAGCUUCACCUCCACGGCCACAACAGCAGCCACCGAAUCCAAACGAAGCACAAGCUCCGGCUCCGAAGCCACGCUAACCGCCUCGUGCUCCUCCUCGGCUCGCCUCGGCUCCCUCGUCGCGAAGCCCCGAGCCCCGUCCUCCGACCCCCGCUGGUCCGCAAUCCACAAGAUCCGAUCCGAGUCCCCGACCCGACAGCUGGCCCUCUCGGACCUCAAAUUCUCCGAGCGGCUCGGCUCCGGCGACAUCGGGUCGGUGUACCUGGCAGAGCUGAAGUCCGGCGACGGCAAGGGGUGCGUGUUCGCGGCGAAAGUGAUGGACAAGAAGGAGCUGAUUAGUCGGAGCAAAGAAGGGAGGGCGAGGACAGAGAGGGAAAUACUGGAAUUGUUGGAGCACCCAUUUUUGCCCACGCUCUACGCCAGUAUAGACGCGCCCAACUGGCUUUUCUUGCUCACCGAGUUCUGCCCCGGCGGUGACCUCCAUGUUCUCCGACAACGCCAGCCUUUGAAACGCUUCCCUGAGUCUGCCGUCAGGUUCUAUGCAUCUGAGGUGGUUGUAGCUCUAGAGUACCUUCACAUGAUGGGAAUUGUGUAUCGUGAUCUCAAGCCCGAAAACGUUUUAGUUCGAUCCGAUGGCCACAUCAUGCUUACAGAUUUUGACCUCUCAUUGAAAUGCGAUGAUGUUGCAUCUGCUGCUCAUAUAAACACUCCAGUCGCCGCCCCUCAAAAAGACUAUGCAGUUGAUCCACCUCGCUUUACCUCAUCUUCAUGCAUCAUUCCAAAUUGUAUAGUUCCUGCCGUGUCAUGUUUCCACCCGAAGAGCAAGCGCAAGAAGAAGAAGCAGGGCCAUCGGGACGGACCUGAGUUUGUGGCUGAGCCUGUUGACGUCCGGUCCAUGUCUUUUGUUGGGACUCACGAAUACUUGGCCCCUGAGAUUGUGUCCGGUGAGGGGCAUGGUAGUGCAGUGGACUGGUGGACAUUAGGGAUAUUUAUAUUUGAACUCUUUUACGGUGUGACACCGUUCAAGGGUGUGGACAAUGAGCUAACGCUGGCUAAUAUUGUUGCUCGAGCCUUGGAGCUUCCGAAAGAACCUGCCGUGCCCUCCACGGCAAAGGACCUCAUCUCACAGCUUUUGGCCAAGGACCCGGAUAGGCGAUUGGGAUCGUUAAUGGGUGCAUCAGCUAUCAAACGACACCCAUUUUUCCAAGGGGUCAAUUGGGCACUAUUGAGAUGUACUCCUCCACCAUUUAUUCCCCCACCAUUUAGUAGACGCCUUGUAUCUAAUCAAACUUGUCCUGAGAAAAUGGAUUAUUAUUAGUCAGAAACACAACAUAAAUAAAAACAUAUAUUGCACAUUUCAAUCCUUCAA